UUGCAGCCCUGGGUGCAAGCGCUUGGUCUGGCAACCCUGUAAAAAUGUCGCCCACAGUUGUGAAAAAACGAAGUGAUUUCCGAAAAUUGUUGCUAAAUUACUAAACAAAAGGUGAAAUUAAGAUUUGUAAUGGCCCCGAAAAGUGAAUAGUGUUGGUGGAGUCCUAGCUGUGGAAAAAAGGGCCGCCUCCCAAAGAAGGGAGCCCGAUGGCGAGUAAUGAAGAUGCAUAAAUGCCAACGACGCCUGGGAUUUCAAGCAAAUGUGUACAAAUGUUAAAACGAAAUUGCAAAGCGACGCCAUGCGCGCAAUGUUAAUAAAGUAUAGAAACUACAGUGAAGCAGGCAUAUAUUACUUGGCGGAUCCUCUUGGGCAAUCAAUCAAAAAGGAGGAUGACUUCAAGUUGCACCUGCCUCUCCUGGUGGCAAGGAGAAAGAAGACGCCCGGUGGCUCCCGCAAGAAGAGUUUUGACCACCUGGAGGUGAGCUUCACCAGAAGCAACAGGGGUAACAACCUGCUGACCAUCGAUGGGAAGCCCUUUACCCUCAAUCGCCGAAUCAAGGAUGUCUGCUACUGGGAGUGCGUCAAGCUGCGCUGCAAGUACAUCAAGUGCUCCGCCCGCGUGGUGACCAAGUCCAAUCGGAUCUCGGCACUGAGCGGGCUCCACAAUCAUCCCUAAGUUACGAACUACCUGUGCCAUCUCAUUAGUCUAAUAAAGCAUGCUACCAUCUGGUGCCCAAUCGCCGCGGUGGGAAGAACCUCAUCUUCCAGGGGCACAUGUACUCCGUGGAACGCAAGUACCGAAACAGCAUCAACUGGGUGUGUUCCAAGAACAGCAACAGCGUGCUCCGCUGCCCGGCG